CCUUCUAUAUCGGAGGGAAAGGAAGAAGCAACCCCUUGCCAUAUGUUUAAAGAGAAGGGAAGUUUGUCAGCUUUGAGGCUAACUAUAUAAUUAGCAUCAAGCAACAUACCGUUACUCAAGUUUUUGCCAUCGCUCAGACAUUCUCAGCAGUCCUGUCAAGCUUGAGAGAGCGAAGUAAGGGAAUUAUAAGUAGCACUGUGAGCUGCUACCACACCAUAUUCUAACAUGGCGACAACAAACAUUUCCCCAUCUUCAAUUGUUGUUGAAGUCCUAAGAGAUGAUAACUAUGAUGAUUGGAGUGCCUGCAUGAAAAGCUACAUGUUAGCUCAAGACCUUUGGGAUUUUAUUGAGCCGACUGGUCUUCAAGAAGUCGACUCUAAGCCUACUGAUAAUCAAGAAGGUGACUCUAAGGCGUUGAGAAAAAAGAAUGCUGCAGCUUUACAUGCAAUUCAAAUUUCUUGUGCGCCAUACAUACUUUCCAACAUUAGAAGCAUCACUUCAGCCAAAGUUGCCUGGGAUACUCUAGCCAAUUUGCAGCAACAACAUUCACCAAGCCACAAAGAGCAAUCUGUUGAAGCAGAGCAAUCUGUUGAAGCAGAGCAAUCUGUUGAAGCAGAGCCAUCAGAAGAUGAUGAGCAAUCUGUUGAAGCAGAGCAAUCUGUUGAAGCAGAGCAAUCUGUUGAAGCAGAGCCAUCAGAAGAUGAUGAGCAAUCUGUUGAAGCAGAGCAAUCUGUUGAAGCAGAGUCACAAGGUCCAGGAGAGAAAAAAAACUUGGCAGGAGCGGUGAGCAAUGAAAUGAAUGCUUCCUUGCUAACCCUGUACAAGCAUGCCCAUAAUGGAGACUGGGAUUCCAUAAAAAACUAUCUUAGCCAAUACCCAAAUGCAAAAAAGGCCCAGAUUAAACCCUAUGGUGGAACAGCCCUUCAUGUAGCAGCUUCUUCUGGAAAUCUGAAAGUUGUGGAGGAGUUGGUGAAGUUGAUGUCAGUAGAAGAAUUGGAAAUACUAGAUAAUCAAAGCAACACAGCUCUUUCUAUUGCUGCCAUUGUUGGAAUAAGAAGGAUGGCAGAAUGUUUGGUGAGCAAGAACAAAAACUUGGUUACCUUCGCAAAUCGAUUUCAAAAGAUCCCACUUGUUGAGGCAUCUGUAGGAAGUCACAAGGAUAUGGUUCUUUAUCUAUACUCUGUUACUCCAAUUGAAUUUCUUUGUCGAGGCAAUGUCGACCAAGGAUCUCGCUUCCUAAGUACUGCUAUUGGUUCUCAACUGCUUGAUAUUGCUUUUGAUUUUCUGCUUCGCAUCCCACGUUCUGCUACUAGAACGGAUGAAUUAGUUCUGAAGUCGAACGUUUUGAUUUCUUUGUCUAAGAUGCCUCAAAUAUUCCCAAGUGCAAGUCGACUUGCAUUUUGGCAGCAAUGGAUCUAUUCAUGUAUUCCCAUGCAAUCAAUUGCUACAACUGAUGACAAUGUUCGUAUUAAUAUGCCUGAUCAAAGCCUAAGUGAGUCGGAGAACAUUAUCCUUCAAGAAGGUAUUCCCAUGCAAUCAAUUGCUACAACUGAUGACAAUGUUCGUGUUAAUAUGCCUGAUCAAAGCGUAAGUGAGUCGAAGAACAUUAUCCUCCAAGUGUUAAGCAAAUUGCGUGGGUUUGCAAUAAAACUCCUCGCAUUCUUAGGAAUCAAGCAAAUAUAUGAUUUGAAGAAGAUCCACAUUUAUUCAGAUAAAAUUCUACGGUGUACGUGUGAGUUUAUAUCAACUCUGGAUUAUGAGGAAUACCUCAAGGCAGCUCUACACGGAGCAUUCCACAAAGCUAUAGAGAAUGGCAUGGUUGAGUUUAUUACUGAGGUGAUUAAAGCUUGUCCUCAUUUAAUGAUUAGUGUAGAUGGCAACUCAAGGCACCUAUUUAUGUCCUCGAUUGCAAACCGGCAAGAAAAAGUGCUCAGCCUUUUCUAUGGACUGGAAGCAGAAAAAGCACGAUUUGUUUGCAUCGAAGAUAGCUCUGGAAAUACAAUGUUACAUUUGGCAGCAAAACUAUCACCUCCUUCUCAACUAGCUCGGAUCUCUGGUGCAGCUCUACAGAUGCAAAGAGAACUACAAUGGUACAAGGAAGUGGAAAGCAUUGUGGAUCCUAGAGACAAGGAUCAUCGUAAUAACAACAAUCAGACAGCCAGGGAAUUAUUUACGUCUGACCAUAAGGACUUGCUAGUGAAAGGAGAGCAAUGGAUGAAAGAAGCAGCAACUUCUUGUACAGUUGUGGGUGCUCUCAUCAUUACAAUUAUGUUUACUGUCGCAUUUACUGUUCCCGGCGGCAACGUUCAAGAGACCGGCUAUCCGGUUUUUAAAGAUGAGAAAUCUUUUACAGUAUUUAUAGUAGCGGAUGCAGUCUCUCUCUUUUCUUCAUCAACAUCAGUGUUGAUGUUCUUAGGAAUUCUUACGUCGCGAUACGCAGAGGAAGAUUUCCUUAAAUCCUUGCCCACUAAGUUAAUUAUCGGCCUUUCCAUGCUUUUCUUCUCUAUUGCAGCCAUGAUGGUAACCUUCUGUUCUGCUCUUGUAAUUAUGUUGGAUGGGAGACUGCAAAUUAUAAUUCCAAUUGUACUGCUUGCCUCUAUCCCUGUAACUUUUUUCAUGUUGUUGCAAUUUCCCCUCCUAGUGGAGAUUUUUGUAUCCACAUAUGGACCAGGAAUCUUCAACAGAAAAAUGAAACGCUGGCACUGAUUAAUGGUGAUAGACUGUUAGAGGUUAACAGUUUAUUGUUCCAAUCUGUUUAGCAAUUCCUAUUUCCCCAGGAGGAGCUGUUUUCUGUUUCUCGUGUAUUGUUAUUUUGAUUGCUGCAUCUCUUUGUAAAAGGCUAUAUAAGCCUGCUGUUUGUGAUGAAUAAACAAGAGACUUCUCAUUCAA